AUGUCGGCGUUGUUCAAGAGAGCCGAACAGUUGAAACGUUGGGAGGAAUCGGACACCAACCGAGAGUCGCCAUCCCGCAAGAACAUCAAGGCAGUAUCGUUCCCCAUAGACUGUGCUUUCCUAGCGUCUGUCUCGUCAGGCGAUAAGAACGAGGUGAACAGCUUGCUGUACUUGGCCGCUGACAUCAAUGCCGCUAAUGCGGAUGGUCUCACAGCUUUGCAUCAGGCUUGUAUUGAUGAUAACCUAGAUAUGGUUGAAUUUUUGGUUGAACAUGGAGCUGAUGUGAAUAGAGGUGAUAAAGAAGGAUGGACACCAUUGCAUGCAACAACAUCUUGUGGAUUUGUUAGCAUUGCAAAAUAUUUAUUAGAACACGGAGCAGAUGUAUCAGCAAUUAACUGUGAUCAAGAACUAGCUAUUGACAUUGCAGAAUCUGAUGACAUGAGAAAACUUUUAGAACAACAUUUAAGAGAUAUGGGAAUUGACUGUGAUGAAGCAAGGAACAAAGAAGAGAGACUGAUGCUAAAAGAUGCUCGAGAAUGGAUUAAUACUGGCAAAUUUAAGGAUUCUCCUCAUGCUACUACUGGGGCAAUGGCAAUACACGUAUCUGCUGCCAAAGGAUACAUUAAAGUCUUAGAGCUCCUUAUUCAAGCUGGUGCAGAAGUCGAUUGUCAAGAUUAUGAUGGUUGGACACCAUUACAUGCAGCAGCAUAUUGGGGUCAAAAAGAAGCUUGUGAAAUAUUAGUUGAACAUUUCUGUAAUAUGAAAAAGAAAAAUUUUGUGGGUCAAACAGCAUUUGAUGUUUCUGAUGAAGAAAUGAAAGAUUUACUUGAUGAAUUAAAAAAGAAACAAGCUUCUCAAAAUAAAGAUGCAUUAGAUAAAAAUUACCUAAUAAGUAAUAAAUUAUCAAAUUCUCAGAAUCAGAAAAGAAGCAGGCUAUCCGGUAAUGACAAAUCAACAUUGAAAAAGGACAAAGAAACCGUAUUAGAUCGAAAUCGAGUGAUUAAAGAGGAAGAAGAUGAUAUUAAGAUUAAGGAUGACCCCACAAUACAUCAAAAAGUGGAAAUUCAACUUACACCUAUUGAACAGACGUCAGAAAAUAACAUUGGAAAUACAACCAAAGAAUUCAAACAGCCUAUUGUCCCAUCAUCAGACAAUAACGAAUUAAAGCCUCCAGAAGUUGUUUUGCGUAGAACGCAAAGUUUCGAGUCUGAUGAAAAGUUUUAUCGACGUUAUUGUGAGUUACGUGCUAAAAUUAAAGGUAACUUGUGGGGAGUUAUACAUCCUUCUCCAUCUACAGCAUGUGCUUCACCUCCUAUGAGAACUGCUUCAUUAAAGGAAAAACCUCUAUCAAGGCGGAACAAAAGUAAUUUUAGAGACGAUCAAACAAAUUUAGCAACUGCUCAGAGCAGUUUGAAUUCAAAUGAUACAACACAUCCAACUCCCAAUAUUCGCAGUGGUGUCAAAGCAUUUAUCAGUGGUCUCCAAAUGCAACAGAAACAAUCAGAAACAACCCAUAAAAUAGUCCCCGGGAACAUCUUUAAAAACUUUUUCAAGUCAUUUGUUCCUCCGGUUAGAGAUGACGAAUCAGAAACUCAACGAAAAGCACAUGCUAAACGUGUUCGAGAAACUAGACGUUCCACUCAAGGAGUGACUUUAGAAGAACUAAAAUCUGCAGAACAAAUUGUUAAGCAAAAAAAUCAGGAUACUGGCAAAAGCAAAUUAAGCAACUCUCAAGUGGAAACAAAUAAUAACUCCACAAACAAUAUUGGAACACCGCACGCUAAAAAAGAAGAGCAUGUAACUGUUACGGCUACGAUUACUCCAUUGCCCCGAAAUAUUCCAUCUAACAUGCCAGAUAGCUGUUUGGAACGGAGGCCGUCUUGGAGACUUAGGGUCGAAAACGGCAGCAAGUUUUUGCUUGAAGAUGCUAGAUCUAAUGAAGCAGUUCCAAAACCUCCAACAAAGUCACACAUUCCGUCAUCUCCUGAUACUAGCGCAGAUACAACUGUCACGUUACCAUUAAGGCGUCCUUCACCUAAAGAAAUUGACGAUAAAGAUCAAGAUAAAGAAAAUGAAUUCCGCAAUCACCAGGCCACUCAAGCAGUUAUACAAAGAAGGAAAAGGCCGAAGCGAAGAUCUACUGGAGUGGUUCACGUUGAUUUGGACGAAAUUGAUCCAGACAGACAAGAUACCUCUUCUUGUGGCGGUACCGAUGAUAGUAUCGGAGAGAGCGGUGGAGAUACCAAAUCGAAUCCGACGUCGCGGCUCGGUUCAAUAUCGUCAUCACUAGACAGUAAACACAGUAGUGCUGCAAAUUCUCCCGGCUCGUGUUCUGAAAACGGCGACAUCGAUUACAAAGCUUUGUACGAAGAAGUAGUCGUAGAUAACGAACGAUUGAGGCGACAGUUACAGAAGACUGAGGAAGACCUACUAGAAGCAAAAAUUACUAUAGAAAAACAAUCGACCAAUGCUGGAAAAAGCACGACAUUAUCGGAAACGGAAAAACGUGAAAGGCGGGCUAUGGAGAGAAAACUGUCAGAGAUGGAAGAGGAACUCAAGCAAUUGCAAAAGUUGAAAGCAGAAAAUGAACGGCUCCGAACUGAGAACAGAGCCCUUACCAGAGUCGUUUCUAAACUUACUCAUACCUGA